UGAGGAGUAAUUGUGGCCCUCGGGAGAGUUGGAACACCGAGAUGUGGCCUAGGGGUCCACCUGGGACGCCUAUGUCAUUGACGAUGAAGAUAAGCUGAACCCCUGACACGUGAAGCUGUGAAUCCUCAAGCAUUUCAUAACUUGUACUCCUGCUGCUCUUCCUGUCGCGAGAACGGGCCAGAGAGUCAAUCGACAACAAUGGUGAGCCCCGAAGACCUCACGUUCGGCCUGGCCAAGUCAUGGCUCGGUCUGGCAGGGUACCUUCUGCUAGCCAACAUCGUGCGCAACUUGACCCUAGCUGUAUAUCGCAUAUGCUUUCACCCUCUGGCAAAAUUUCCUGGCUCCAAGCUCGCUGUCGCGACGUACUGGCAUGAGACGUACUACGAUGUGUUCAAGGGUCACCAGUAUAUCUGGAAGAUCAAGGAGAUGCACGAAAAGUAUGGGCCAGUGAUACGUACCAACCCCGAUGACGUGCAUAUUCAUGAUCCCGACUUUUUCGACGAGUUGUACGGCAUGAAGAUGGACAAAUGGGUUUGGUGGACGAGAGGGUUCGCGGUGCCAACCGCCGGUGGUAUGACUGUUGAGCAUGAAGUUCACCGCAAGCGAAGGGGCGCGCUGAAUCCGUUCUUCUCCAAGGCGUCGAUCGUGGCGAAUCUGCCUGUCAUCCAGGAGAAGUUGGCUGUCAUGUGUGACCGGCUGGACAAGAUCGCGCGGAAUGAGAAUGGCAGUCGGGAGGUGUUGGAUCUGGAAGCGGUGUACCUCGCUUUGACGACGGAUGUCCUGACCCAGUGCUCGUAUGGGUGGACUUACGAUUAUAUCCACAGUCCGGAGUGGGCAAUGACUUGGAAGCUGGUGAACACUGGUGGGCGCGCGUCCGCGGCUAUCGUGCGGUCGUUCCCGUUGAUUGGGAGGAUUGUGCGUGCUAUGCCUGUCUCGGUAGCCGUCAAGCUCGUUCCGCCUGUUGGGUUCAUGAAGUCGUGGAUGCAGAGGGUGGGGGUGCAGGUUAAGAAGAUCAAGGAUGAUCCGGAAACGAUGCAGAUGAUCAAGGUGGAGACAAGGCGCAAGGACACUAUCUUCGCGCAGAUCCUGUCGAGUGACUUGCCGGAAAGUGAGCUGUCUGACCAGCGACUGAUUGAUGAGGGUGUGCUCAUUGCAACGGCUGGGUCGGAGACCACGGCAUGGGCUAUCACGAUUACCACCUACCACAUCAUGAAGAAUCCUGAUGUUCUUGCGAAGAUGCGCCAGGAGCUGGCGACGGUGCAGAUUCACGAGGGCGAUACCGUUGCGCCAUGGACGUCGCUGGAGAAAUUGCCUUACAUCACCGCCGUGAUCAAAGAGGGCGUGCGCAUGGCAGGCGGGAUGCUCUCUCGUUUGCCGCGGAUAUGCGACAAGGACAUCCAUUACAAGGAGUGGAUCAUCCCUGCUGGGACGCCCGUGGCCAUGACGCCUCAUUUGGUGCUCAUUGAUGAGAAAGUGUUUCCGGAGCCGCGAAAGUUCAUCCCGGAGAGAUGGUUGGACCAGGUGGACGCAGGGCGCACGACGUCCAGACUCGACAAGUAUAUCGUGGCUUUUGGAAAGGGGUCCCGGAACUGUAUCGGGAUGCAUCUUGCAUAUGCGCAGCUUUACAUGAGUUUGGCCGCGAUGGUGCAGAGGUAUACUUUGGAAAUGUUUGAGACGGAUGACAGUGAUGCGACGCCUACGCGUGAUUUGUUCACGGCGGGCACCAAGUUGGACAGUAAAGGGAUCCGGGUGAUUGUGCAUGACAAGGACGAGAAGAUAUAAAGAUGCACACUUGACGCAUGGAAUAUGCCACAUCUGAGCGAUGAGAUAUUGCUGUCCUAUAUGGAUGGUUAUAUAUAGGUACGGUAUGUGUACAUACCACGGAGAAGUUGCAUCCGGAUCUACAUCUGGUGUUCUUUCAGGCACAAGGCACACCAAUCACUGGCUCAGACAAACACACCUCGUUCCCCUCACGGCGUUUCCCC